AUGUCUUCUUUGCUCAAUCUCCUUGCGAGGUGCCCUGCCUCUACAAUAGGAGAUAUUGAUCUACUGAGAAUGGGCUUCGCACCGGCUUCAAACGAGGACGUUAUCAUUCCUCCAGCUGAAGUAGAGAUCCACGAUUUCGAUGUUGAAAAUAUUGAAGGGCUUACGGAUCCAGACGACGAACACCUGGAAAAUGUCUGGUUAGGCACUGGAUUUGGAGAAACGCAGAUUGCUGUAGAAAUUCUCGCUUGUAGUAAUGAGAAUAUACGUUCCUGUGGCGAGAUGGAACAUACAGAUCAGAUAUUAUGGGCCAUUCGCGUCAUCUCUUCAUAUUUUACGUUUUAUAAAACUGUGAUUCCCACAACGUAUUCGGAUGGAACUUGA